AUGUAUGGUUUCAACCAAAGUAUAAAUAUCCAGAUCGGAGAAAAGCCACCAGAUCUCUACUGCUUCACAUCACCGGUGACCAUCAGUACACAGAUCUGGGGAUCGCGUCCGGUUAUGGCGAACUUCUCAAUCCAUAGCGAGGCCUGCCCUACCGUGAAAAACAUUCUUCUUCUGGAUUCAGAAGGAAAGCGCGUAGCGGUUAAGUACUACUCGGAUGAUUGGCCAACAAAAAGUGCAAAAUUAGCUUUUGAAAAGUCUGUAUUUGUCAAAACUCAGAAGACAAAUGCCCGGACUGAAGCGGAGAUUGCAAUGCUAGAGAAUAACAUUAUAAUCUAUAAGUUCGUCCAAGAUCUUCACUUCUUUGUGACUGGAGGAGAUGAUGAGAAUGAACUAAUACUAGCCACAGUUCUCCAGGGGUUCUUUGAUGCAGUUACCCUUCUUCUCAGGAACAAUGUUGAACAAAGGGAGGCACUUGAGAACUUAGAUUUGAUUCUCUUAUGCCUUGAUGAAAUUGUUGAUGGAGGGAUGAUUCUUGAAACUGACGGCAGUAUUAUUGCUGGAAAAGUAGCAACCCAUAGUAUGGAUGACGGGGCACCCUUGUCUGAGCAGACUAUAACUCAGGCUUUGGCUACUGCACGUGAACAUUUGACAAGGUCACUUCUCAGAUGAAGCGUAUGGGCACACAGAAAUAAUGAGUCAGUUUGUCAUUCUUCAGUUGUGGUGGAACUUUAAUUUUCCUUGUUGAUAUCCUGCUGAUAUCAUGGUGGGAGAAUCGUGUUACUUGCCUUCUACUGAUAUCCUUUUGUUUCCAAUGAAUAAAUAGUCAUAGACUUGAAGAUUUUGCUAUUAAAAUGCAUUGCUGUAAUAUGAUCCAGUAGAGGGUUAAUUUUUAUUUUAGUGUACAUUACACUCACAUUAGCUACCCUGCGAUUGGGAGGCAUCGGAGUAAUUGAAUGCACGUAUUUCUCAUGAGAUAUAUAAAGAUGCCAAUUUUCUCUGUUUAGAAUUAGUCAUAUGACUCCCUGCUCUCAUGCAUACUCUUACGUUAAAUGUAAAUGGACAGGGCUAUUUGUAUGCUUAUCAUUUGUGCUUCCGUCAUGCAAAUAGAGUUGCAUCUACAUUUUUUUUGCAGUAAAGCUUGUGUUGGCUUAGCAAAAGACCUUGGCGUUCAGUCUGCCUCUGGAGACGUGGAUGUGAGAACAAGCAGUUGGGUAUCUCAGUUAGUAAGCACCAGUCGCAGUCUGUAUAGCUUCCUUCUGUGCUAGUGCCAGAGUAGUGCAAUUCUGGAGGAGCAAACGUAGAAAUCAGGUGUAUAAGGCAUGUGAUUUAUGACUGAACAAUUUAUCAUUGUAUGAAAUUGAGGUCAUCGUAUGUUGGUUGAACACCUACGUGUAUAUUAUGUUGGGUAAUCUCCCUGAUUCCUUGAAAUGUAUACUGAGGACCCAUUACAUAGACAGGAAGGGUGGCAUUUCUCCAACAGUUCAUGUAAAUUUCCCUCAAGUAGGGUUCCAGACUCCGGUAAAAGUUGAGACAACGUUGUAUUUGUCGAUCAUGUGAGUGUCUAUGAACCUUUUUGUUUCGACAUUGAGUUGAUAUGGGUCAUUGUACAUUGUGAUUCUUCAUAUCUGCAUAGAGCUGUGAUUAAAGGUUUUCAAAAU